UGGCCAUGUUGGAUGAGGAGUGUUUGAGGCCAGGCACAGUAACAGAUGAGACUUUCUUGGACAAGUUGAACACCGUGUGUGCUGAACACCAGCACUUUGAGAGCAGACAGAGCAAAAACUCCAAGUUCCUCACAGACCACAGCCUACCACACAACUGCUUCCGCAUCCAGCACUACGCUGGCAAGGUGCUGUAUCGGGCGGAGGGAUUUGUGGAUAAAAACAAUGACCUCCUCUACAGAGAUUUAUCCCAGGCCAUGUACAAAGCCAAUCACAGCCUGAUAAAGAUUCUCUUUCCUGAGGGAAACCCAGCUAAAGUGAACCUCAAGCGGCCCCCUACAGCUGGAUUCCAGUUCAGAGCCUCAGUUGGAACACUCAUGAAGAACCUUCUGACCAAGAACCCCAACUACAUCAGGUAACAAUCACAAAGCU